GUCGCACAUCUUCCUGGAUGGCAGCUGCCUGCUGCUGAGACACUCCCUGUAUUAAAUAUUCAAGCACCCCUUCCCAGCAGCUUGGGGUGGGGGGUGUUGUUAUCGUACGAAAAAGACAGGAAGGCACCUACCACUUCAUUUACUUGGGGGGGGGGUGCCCUGCUUUCCUUCUCUUGCUCUUCUGCUCCAAACACCCACUUGCUCGGGGUACUGACUAGCCAGCAAGACAACUUACAGCCAAAAGGCCAGCACAGAUAUCCGCCCUCCCGCUUCCGCACACUCUGUUCUCUUAGCUCGCUAACCACAGAGCCGACGCAGCCGGAGCCGUCGCCUGCGCUUUAACCCUGCUCAGCUAACCCGUGCCCGCCGUCUCCGGAUUCCCGAGUCCCAGUCUCAGCCCCAGCCCCAGCUCCAGACACCAUGGACUUCCAAGUCCCCGCGCUCCGCGCCUGGGAUGACUUCUUCCCGGGCUCCGACCGCUUCGCGCGCCCCGACUUCAGGGACAUUUCCAAAUGGAACAACCGAGUGGUCAGCAACCUGCUCUAUUACCAGACCAACUACAUGGUGGUCGCGGCCAUAGUGAUCUCCAUCGUGGGGUUCCUGAGUCCCUUCAACAUGAUCCUGGGGGGCACGGUGGUGGUGCUGGUGUUCACGGGCUUCGUGUGGGCUGCCCAGAAUAAAGAUUUCCUUCGCCGCCUGAAAAGGGUGUACCCCACCACCUUUGUCAUGGUGGUCAUGCUGUUCAGUUACUUCCUCAUCUCCUUCUUUGGCGGUGUCAUGGUCUUCGUGUUUGGAAUCACCCUUCCUCUGCUGCUGAUGUUCAUCCAUGCUUCUUUGAGACUUCGGAAUAUCAAGAACAAACUAGAGAACAAGAUGGAAGAGAUAGGCUUGAAGAAAACCCCUAUGGGCAUCAUUCUCGAUGCUCUGGAUCAGCACGAAGACAGCUUCAACAAAUUCGCUGAUUAUAUCAGUAAAGCAAAAGAAUAAGUAUAGCCGGUGAUGUUCGUUAAAUCCAUGACAGGAAUAGUUUUUUUUUUCUUUGCUCCUGUCCAGAACUCGCUUCCUGUUUGUGUGUGUGAAGUGUGAGGUUCCCACAGAGAGAGCCCUACUAAGACUUAACUAGGUGGCAAGAUGCGGGUAGGCCAAACUACAUCCAACUCUUGACAUUCUGGAGAGGAGGAGAACCCAACCAAAAGUCACCCACCUUCCUGUUAUGUCCUAAGACCUUUUUAGUCUUUUAGUCUGUACUUGUUUAGACAAAUUGAACAAAAUCUAUGUUUCUUCAUGGGGAUAAAAUAACCCUUGAUUCUUUGUUACAAUGAACAUAUUUCUAAGUAUUGAUCAGUGUUAAUAAUGUCUACUACAAUGAUAAAUACUGUUUAUAUCUUAAAGGAGUCCAAAACAGCCUUAAGAAACAAAACAAAAAUGUGGAGGUAUAUACAGGUGAAUAGAAAUGUCUGUUAAUUAGAAUAGAUGAUACGAGACAUACCUCUUCCCCUACCCCUCCAAACCCUGGGAUGUAAGCUUUUGUAUGUAAAUUCUCUUUUAAGAGCUUAGUUCAUGUAUCACUUUUCUCUCUGCUUGAUUCUGUGCAGUGAAAACUGGAUAAACACUCCCCACUCUGUUUACAGAUUUAAAGUCUGCUCUGUGGGAGUCUAGCAAAAUAUACUGUUAGAUUUCUAUAAAUUCUUCCAAGUUGUCGUAAUCGGUUUUGCACCAGCAAGCUUGUGCUACAAAAUGAGCAUGAGUGUUGCCUUACUUAAAGAAGGCAGCUGUGUAACUUGUGUCACGCUUGACCGGAUGUAUUAACAAGUCUUGAGUUCUACUGAAUACUAUUUAUAUUACUCAUAUAGCUUUUUGUUGUGGUGGUUCUAGGAAGGAUGGCGGAAAACUCAUGUCAGUAAUUGAUUCUUGUUUGUUUGGUUUGGUUUUCCCCUUACCUUCUAAUUGUACCGUUUGGAACGCAGUGAAAUAAAUAUUCUGGAUAGAUAAUUCACUUAAA